AUGGUUCAAGGACAAAAUAAAUCAAUGAAUAGACUGGAUGAUAUAAUUGAGCUUAAUAAUAAAGGUCAUGAGCAAGCCUGUAGUGGAAUUAGGGAAUAUAAGCAAGAAUGUUCAAUUUUUUGGUUAAAAAAUAACUUGAAAACCAAUUUUGAUACACAUAAGUGUUCAGUUAAAAUUAUUACUAAGGUUAUGCUUUCAGAUGUUGAAGAGUCCUUGCCAGUACAAUUGUUUAUUGAAGAUACACAUAGAUCAUUACAUAUACUUUCUGGAGUAGAAAUUGCACUAAAAUUAUUAGCACCAUACAAUAAUACAAGUAAAACAGAUCUUAGAUAUAUGUGUAAAACUAAUCAAUUGGUUACUACUGAAUUAAAAAAGCAAGGAAAAGUAAUUUAUUAUCAGUGUAAUGAUACUUCCAUUUCUGAAAAUUGCUCUAAAUAUUAUUACCAAUUAACAGUAAGUGAUGAUAUAUGGCUUCAGCAAGGCCAAGAUUUUAUUAAGGAUGAAGCUGGAUAUGUGUCUCCAUUAGCAUUUGGUCUUAGUGACAAAGAAAAUCAUCUUAUAAUAUAA